AUGGCGGCUGGGGGCAACGUUAAAGCGCAGGCGAAAUCUUGCCAGUUCUUCUCCGUGUUGUCGGCCGCCGUCUGCGAGUGGUACCUGAUCAUCUUCUUGCUGAUAAACGCGGUGUUGGCGUACGUUGCUACCAGAUUCGCCCGACUCUGCAACUUGCCAACCCCAUGCCUGUUAUGCUCGAGACUGGAUCACAUUCUCGGGAGCGAGAGACGAGGUUUCUAUAGGAACUUAUUCUGCCAUGCGCACAAGGUGGAGAUAUCCUCGCUGGUCUACUGCCAUGGCCACGGAAAGCUUGCUGAUUUCCGGGACAUGUGCAAGGCCUGCCUCCUGUCGUCCGUCGCAACUAAGAAGGCCAAUUCCGAGGCAUGCAGGAUGCUGGGGAGGAAUGGAGAGGAUCCGGAUAAUGUGGCUUUGCCGAACGAGGAUCUCGAACCAGCUUCUUCAGGCACAGGGCUGUGUUCAUGUUGCUCCGACUCCUUUAAUCUUCAUAGGCUGCUGCAAGCGAAGAAGAAGAAGAAGAAGAAGCUCGAAGCUGGCGUUCCAAAUCGUCGAGCGCAGUUGAGAAAGAGAAGAGUUGGCUACAAUGGGCUAGUGAUUACCUCCGAUUCCGAGUCAGAAAUGCCAAUGUCUGAUGAUGACGACGACGACGGUGACGAUGGCCAUGUAACGAAGGACAUCAAGGAGGGACGCGUGAUGCGACGCAGACUACCACAAGGCACGGCAACGAUCGUCUUGGAGGACACUGUUCCGGAGAAGCUGAUCCAUCCCAACCCUGUUGCAUCUCCGCAUCCCAUUUUAGAUCCCGAGAGAAGGUCCGAUGAAGCUGAUUCGUGUGACAAACCAUUCUUGAAGUCCACAGUUGCAAUCGGGCAUGGGUUGGAUGAUCUCAGUCGCAGCCACGUUGUGGAGGCCGGCCUCGUCGAUUUAUCUGAAAGCACACCCGAACAAGCUCCUCGAGAAGUCACGGACCGACCAUGUAAGCUCUCGUCGUCUCGAUGA